AUGUCACCUUACCUACUUGUUUUCGGCAAACCUUGCCACUUGCCUGUCGAACUCGAGCAUAGGGCAUUUUGGGCGGUGAAGGAAUGUAAUAUGGAGAUGAACGCUGUUGGUGAAGCACGGAAACUACAUAUCCAAGAGCUUGAGGAGAUUCGCCACAAUGCUUACGAUAGCGCACAAAAUUAUAAAGAGCGAACAAAAGCAUUUCAUGACAAGCACAUUUCAUUUAAAUCAUUUUCCGUUGGGAAAAAAGUUCUCCUAUUUAACUCAAAAUUAAAAAUUUUUGCAGGAAAACUUAAGUCCAAGUGGAGCGGACCAUUUACCGUGAUCAAUGUUUUUCCUCAUGGAGCUAUAGAAAUUGAAGAUAGCUCAGGUGCACAGUUUAAAGUUAAUGGACAACGGCUAAAACCUUUUUUCGAGAGCACACCAAUCGGACUAAUUGAAGAAAUCGGGUUGGAAGAGCCAAAAAUCUGA